AUGGAUAAAAUGCAACAGAAAUUCAAACUCCAAAGGUUUAAAGCAAACAGUUUUGGAGAUUAUUGCAAAGGGGGUAAGGGGAAAGGAUUGCUCUGCUCUUCCGGGACACCAACCAUCUGUUUCAUUAAAGGUGGAGCAGAUAAAAAAAUAAAUGAUUCCGUAGAAGACAACAAUGGUAAGGGCAGAAAAAAUAAAACUCCGGCAUCCACUAGGGCGUCACGAGCAAGGAAUCACGAUAAAUACAAGGAUGAUUUCCGUGACUCCGGAGUGCUGCAAGCUCAGACCAUGGAAAACCUCAAAGGGUACCCCGUCUACAAGGCCGAGGAGACGACGAACAGUGUCAAUAACUGCUUGAGGAUUGCCGAGAACAUCAGAGAUGAUGCUUCGAAGACUCUCGAUACUUUGAAUCAGCAAGAAGCGGCAAUAAUCGAUAACCUAUAUCUAGAAAAUUCUUGCGGUCUUUCUGAUCAUAUAAUGCUAUUGGGUGAGAAGCUUUUGAAUAAUCUAGGGGGCGUGUUUUCUAUGCCCCGGAAACCAAAGAAGACUCGAGAUAUUACCCGUCCCGUGAUCACCGCAGAUGAUAACAAGAAAAGCAAACCCGGGACAAAGGAGCAGAGGGAAAAGUUGGGUCUGGAUCCUGUACAUAAGUCUAAGGGCUGA